UUUCCACAGAUUAGUAACAACAUGAAGGUUGCAAUUAUACUCGCUUGUCUUGUUGCCUCUAUCUAUGCUGAGACCUGUUCAAAUGAUUCUGAUUGCACAGACACAAAGUGCACAUCAGGACAUGCAUCAAAAUGUCUUCAAUUAGUCUUUGGAAGACACGAGUGUGUGUGCAGUGACGGCGAAGCUGGAAAUGCAUGCACAGGCGCAAGCGAUUGCUCUAGUACUAAAUGCAGAAUCGGAAAUGCUCACUGUGUUGAUGCCCAUUGUCGUUGUUAUGGAGGAAUUGGCAAAUAAACAAUAAACUAUGUUCUUUUAA